AUGGAUCAAGUUCAAGCGCCGCCUCAGCGUGAAAGAUUCCACUGCCCGUCGUGCGAAAAGUCCUUCACGUGGCACAGAGACCCUUUACCUGCCCGUUUUGCUCCAAAUGCUUUAAGCGAAGGUGAGAUUGAUCAUCACGAAGACGAAGCACUGUCUAAUAAGACCUCCACAGCGAUGUUCUCCGAGCACAUCAGUUUCGGUGCAAGGAACGUGGUGAGGCGCCAGUUCCAGAAGGCCAAAGCAAAGGCCGGAAGAGGUCCUCGUGCAUGUCUUGCGUCAAGCUCAGGACGCGAUGCAACCAGGAAAGUCCUUGUGCCCGUUGUCAAGAGCUAG